GCAGUCAGACUGGUCCAGUGCAUCAGUAUCACUGAUCUCAGACAGUCUGAGAAACAUCAACAUGAAGAAUCUCUUAAUACUCUUCUGUUCUUUGAUCCUGAGCGGUGUGUUUGGUGCAGAUGAAAUUAUAGUGUUAGUGAAAAAGGGAGAUUCUGUCACUCUACUCAAUUAUGAUGCUGAACUACAGAGAGGUGAUAAACUGCUGUGGACAUUUAAUGGUGACAGUAACUUCAUAGCAAAGCUCGAUAGAGAAGAAAAUAUGACCUCAGUAGAUGGAAACGAUGACUGGAGAUUUAAAGACCGACUGAUGCUGGAAAUUCUGACCGGAUCUCUCACCAUCAACAGCAUCACAAUUACAAACUCUGGACUUUAUAAACUACAGAUCAUGGCCACAACUGUGAAACACAAGAGCUUCAGAGUUACUGUCAGUGAUACAGUGAAGACAUUCUCGGUGAUGUUGGGAGAUCCUGUCACUCUUUACACGGAUACUGAACUACAGACAGGUGAUACAAUAGAGUGGAAAUUUGGAGGCAAUACUAUUGCCUAUUUAGCUGGCCCUGUUGACUCGAGAUUCACAAACAGUGAUGUGAGUCAUCGGACAGGAGACCUGAACAUCACAGACAUCAGAAGUGAUCAGUCUGGACAAUAUGAAGUGAAGAUCAACAGCAGAAGUUUUAUCUUACAACGGAUAUUACAUGUUAACGUCAGGGUUGAAGUGAAGUCAGUGAUGGAGGGAGAUUCUUUCGCUCUCUACACUGGUCUUACUGACAUACAGACAGAUGAUGUCAUACAGUGGAAGUUUAAUGGCACCCUCAUUGCUAAUUUAACUCACUCGAGCGUCCCAAACAUCGAUGUAAAUCGUCGAACCGGAGAUCUGAAUAUCACGAACAUCAGAAUGGAUCAGUCUGGAGUUUAUCAAAUCAUCGGCAAAGGUUUGCAGAGGACAUUCCGUGUUAAUGUUAAGGAACCCACUGAUAUAUACUGGAAGACGAUUGGUCCAGGAUUAUUGAUAGGAGUGAUCGUGCUGGGGAUAAUUGUGUUAGGUCUGGUUUCCCAUAAAAUACACAAGUGCUGCAGGAACAGGAACAGAUUAAAUAAAAAGGAGGAGAAUGAGACCUGUGAACGAUUAAACAAGCAGUCCUUCAACACCAACGGUACAUAGACACUCAAUACAGUAUAUAAUAAAUAUAUAUAACUCGGUGUUGACUUCAAACUCAGCUAAAAACUUAUCUUCAGCUGUGAAACCUAACCAGUGUUGACAGCUCUCAUCUGCUUUACAUUACAAAAAACUCUCUAUAAUAAUAAUAAUAAUAAUAAAUGGGACAAUGGGACAGUUUUCCUUCUGCACUUCUGUAACAGGGCUGCAAUGAUGAUUGAUGUUUUGAAUAAAAAAUAUAUGAAGUGCCUGCUUUCAAAUCAUAAGCUGUCAUUUCAAGGUGUUUUAUAUCUCAGGUUUUUCAUUUAGACAUUAGAUGUAGCAAAUACAGAGUGAUUUGUUUGAUGAAUUAGGCGGUUUGUUGUAACGCUGCCAGAUGUCAAUCACUUUACACAUGAUCAGUAACAAGAACCAAAAUAUAAUUUCAAGAAAAUUCAUUUGCAACAUCUGUAUCUGUUGUACAUAUCUGUGACACAUCAAACAUCAGUGUUUUCUUGUUUGUUCUUAUUUGUUAUUUUGUACUCUUUGUAAAUGCUUCUGAAAGUAAAUGUGAAGUGACUCACUCUUGUUCUGUAUAUAUUAGAAUAUAACGAUGUUCUGCUGUAUGUAUGAUAUUGUAUAUGAUCUUACCUUGCCUUACUGUUAAACUGAAACUUCACUGCUAUCUAGUGGACAAACACUGACAUGACAAGCAUAAAUAUUUAAAUGAUGAAGUCAGUUUAAAGGUGGGAUGUCUGAUUUCUCUUAGCCGUUGUUGAUGUUCAAAUCACCCAAACAGACACACCACUACCCCCAUCUUUCGUCAGCGCUCGGCUCGGCUAAUGUACGUCCUGUGCAUUGUGCACCUUACUGCUGAUUGGCUACAUGGUUGUUUGUCUAAACAAGCGUAAUUCGGAAAUCAGACACCCCGCCUUUAAGCUCAGCUAAAUCCACAUUGUUUGAAAAUGGGAAUAAAAUGUAUGAAAUGAAAAUCUUUGUUGCCACUUUGUCUUUUGUCCUGCUUAAUUCAUUUAGAGGAAUCAGCAAUCUCCAUGCAUCUCUUGAUUUCUCAUGUGUACAUUUUCUCAUUUUAUUUAAAAGCGUGUUGAGAAACAUGAGUCAUAAAGAUCUACACAUUGUUGUAAACUGAUU